GGACUGCGCACCCCCUUCAUCAGUAUUUGGAGCUGAACCGCUGUACCAGCACAUACUGCAGCACCUCACUGAAGACAGGCUCUCACAGUCACUGGCAUCUGACAGACUACCCUCCCUACCUCACAAAGAAAGGAAGGAAUAAAACAAAAAGAAGACAUAAGAACAAAAGCCAGAGACUGAGUCUGACUUCAAAUCAAAGCCAGUGUGUUAAGUAAGAAGACUUGUUCCGUACUUCCACAGCCAUGGCAGACAGUGUGAUUGAGGAGUCUGACUACUACCCUGGGAAAGAUGAAUUGGACUGGGGAUAUCAAGAAGGUAAGGUUUUACUAUACACUUUGUUUCCUUUCACUAUUUUUCUCGCACAAAACAGAGCUUAGAAAAAUAACAUGUUCUUUCCCAUUUUGGCACCAAACACAAUGCAUGCAUUGAUAUGGAAAUACAGUACUUUCUUCAUAGAUAUAAACAGAAAAAUACAAAUCUCUCUGUCUCUUUCUCUCUCUCUCUCUUUCUCUCUUCUCUCUCUUUCUCUCUCUUUCUCUCUCUUUCUCUCUCUCUCUCUCGCACAUACAGUAGGUAAAGAACCCAAAGAAGGUAGGGUCAUUAUUGGGGUAACUUGAUCAUGCAAAUUAGCUGUCUAGAACUGAAUUUGAGAUUCAUGAGUCACACCAAUGAUUUAGUAUUCUAAGAGAGUAGUGGUCUAGCUACCAUGCUUUCAUGAUUCUGAGCUUUUACCAGCUCAUGUCCAGGGCUCCAUUGUGUGCAUUGUAUGUCUCAAAUUUGCCUCUGGGCUCUUAGGGUAAUAGUCAAGGUUUCCAGUAACUGGGAAAAGAACAUGAGAGAUUGUAAAAUCUAAGUCAAGAGCUAUCCUUUUAGUAACUCUAAUCAAAAUCUAGUAAAAGUUGUGUCUAGUCAUAUUAUUAUUGGUGUUGACUUGAGAUAGAAAUAUAUAUAUUGUUGGUAUGGGAUAAAGUCAUCCAUACACUAAAGGAGGAGAGAGGACUUGUCUGUAGCGCUAACUAACUUAGCCACAUUAGCUGCUUCAUUUACUAACUCCUGGCUUUGCUUCAGAAAGCUUGUUUUUUCCGCACAUGUUUUUGUGUUAUGUGCUCCCUCUGCAAUUCAAAGCCAUGGUUUCAUCAUCUUAAUUACAAGGCUAAGUAAGUGUGUGUGAGGUCAGACACUUCAGAGUGGGUCUGUAUUUAGAUUGGGUCAGUGAUGUAUGAAGGGAGAGCAUUUAUCCAGUUUAUGUCCCCCAUCAUGGGACUAGAGGGAGAGACACUGUAGAAGGGUGUGUCCCUGACAGAUUGUAUAUCAAAUCUGAUUUGAUGAAUUGCGUUUUGCACUCUCUCUGCACGUACAGCACAGUGAUAAAUGACUAUGAAAUAAUUCAGGGCAUGGUAUGGAAAGACCAGAGACCUAAGACAGCUAGCUAACAGAGUGUGCUUACAGAGUGUGAAAAGAUGUGAGACAAUGAUAAUGAGGAUAUUUUCACAAACCAUUUACACACAGAAUGGAGAGAUGUGGGAUUAACAGUGUGUGAAAAAUAGAGGGGGGAAAGGGAGGUAUAGACAGAGAGUAAGAGACAAAAGAGAGAGAGAACGUGUGAGAGGUGGUAAGAAACAAGAACUAGAACGUCCUUGAAUCCUGGUGACAGUUAUUCUUGGUACCGACUCCCCAAGUGCUCAGCGUAGUGACACUGAGGGAUUGGCGUACUCUUUAACUCCAGUGUGUGUGGUGUGUGUGUGCAUGCGUGUGUCUGUGAGAGUGUGCAUGCGUGCGUGUGUGUGUGUGUGUGCAUAUGCACACAUUUGUGUGUCCUCAGUUAUACACUUUGUUUAUGCUGCUUGUGUAUUCAAAGGCUGGAUUUACACUCCACUAGACAUACUCCGUCACCACGCUGUGACUUCACCACGCACCGCAUGGAGACCUCUGCAUGGAGAUCUCAGUGCAUGCCAGUGCCCAGAGGUUGUCACUUUACGCAAGCGUCAGUGACGUUGAGUGUCAGGCUAAGUUGUGUGUGUUUUCAGGUGUAGAGUGGGGUUUGCUGUUCCCUGAUGCUAAUGGGGAGUACCAGUCACCCAUCAACCUGAACUCCCGGGAGGCGCGUUAUGACCCCUUGCUCCUGGAUGUGGGGCUCACACCCAAUUACGUGGUGUGUCGGGACUGUGAGGUCAUCAACGAUGGACACACCGUACGCAUCAUGCUGAGGUCCAAAUCAGGUGCAGACACACAUCCCAAAAGUUUAUAUAACAUUGCCAUGGUACACAUAAAAACAAUUAAUGGGUUCAAUUUAUGAAAAACCCUCCACAAUAGUGAUGAUCUUGAAUGCACUUUUUCAAUGAUCUUACAUUAGCUGUGACCACUGAAAGUUGAGUCAAUGACUGUGUGCUGCAUGGGAAAUACAGAUACACUUCAGAGUUUAAUCAGAAUUCAAACCUACAUUCAAAACCCCAGAUCAUCUGAUGUGGUCUGCAUUUCCUGUGUCUGCUCUCCCAUGAUGCUCUGGGUUUCCUGUCUGCAGUGGUAACUGGCGGCCCAUUGCCAAGUGAUCAUGAGUACGAGCUGCAUGAGGUGCGCUUCCACUGGGGCAAAGAGAACCAGCGGGGCUCAGAACACACUGUCAACUUUAAGGCCUUCCCCAUGGAGGUAUGGGUCUCGGCCAAACACACACAUGCGGGCCAUCAAGAAAGCGUGCACACACACACACACGCAUACACACACACACUGUCCGCUUCAAGGCCCUGACCAUGUUUAUCUAAGUUAGAGGCCACUGUUACAGUACUCAGAAAGAGGGACUUGUUAUGUUCACAUAAAAACAGGUUAUUUUGGGUCAGGGCUUUAAAAGCUCAUUACUUUGUUUCAUAUAUUUGCACAUCACUCAGGCCAUUGACGCGUUUGAAAGGGCCUGAAGAGGCUAUGCCACUGGUGGUUUGGCUUUAUAAGCUUCAUUCUCUAUUUAAGGUGCUUGGUGCUCUAUUUAAAACUGUAGAGUGCACUAAUGUCCCUUACACCUGCUCUGUCUCGGCCCUGUCUUCUGCAGCCUACCUCUGUCCAUCAUUCUUUCAUUUUCUUUCCUUCUUUCUUUCUUUCUUUCUUUCUUUCUUUCUUUCUUUCUUUCUUUCUUUCUUUCUUUCUUUCUUUCUUUCUUUCUUUCUUUCUUUCUUUCUUUCUUUCUUUCUUUCUUUCUUUCUCUGAAUAUCAUAUGUGAUCGGCUUCACUAUAAUAUGGUACAAUACAAUACAUGUGCUUCCCCCCCAGCUCCAUCUGAUCCACUGGAACACAACCCUGUUCAACAGUGUGGAGGAAGCCCUGGGUAAGAAGAACGGAGUUCUCAUCAUCGCUCUGUUUGUGCAGGUAUUGAUUGCUUUGGUCUCACUCUAAAGUCAUAUGAGAAUCCCCUCUUCUCAUGGUCUGUAUGGUUCUGUUAGGCACUUUCCAACUUGGUUUGUUAUUACUGUAAUUUAUAUCAUAUCAUAUUCAUAUCAACUUUGACACUAAAGAUUUGACACUAAACAUAUCUUUUUUUAAUUGUACUGAGAAAAACCACCACAUUGAAAUAACCAAGAUAACAUUUGACUGAAGUGAACUGCCUUGAGGUAAUGACUGAAUAUAUGAAUGGACAAACACUUAGUGGUGUGAAGUACGUAAGUCGUUUUGGGGGGUAUCUGUACUUUACUUUACUAUUUAUAUUUUUGACAACUUUACUUUAACUUCACUACAUUCCUUAAGAAAAUAUGUACUUUUUACUCCCAUACAUUUCUCUGACACCCAAAGGUACUUGUUACACUUUGAAUGCUUAGUUGGACAGGAAAAUUGUUUAAUUCACACUUAUCAAGAGAACACGUGGUCAUCCCUACUGCCUCUGAUCAGGCGGACUUACUAAACACAAAUGCUUUGUUUGUGAAUGAGGUCUGAGUGUUGGAGUGUACCCAUGGCUAUCCGUAAAUAAAUAAAUAAAAUACAAUUGUGCAGUCUGGUUUGUUUAAAGGGAUACUUCGGGAUUUUGGCAAUGAAGCCCUUUAUCUUCUUCCCCAGAGUCAGAUUAACUUGUGAAUACCAUUUUUAUUUCUCUGCGAGCGAUUUGAAGGAAGUUGCUAACUGGCGCUAGCACAAUUGCUAACUAGUGUUAGCACAAUGACUGGAAGUCUAUGGGUAUCUGCUAGCUAGCAGAUACCCAUAGACUUACAGUCAUUGUGCUAAUGUUAGUUAGCAUUGGUUCGUGAAACUAACUUGACCUUCCUUCAUACAGGACACAGAGACAUAGAAAUGGUAACCACAAGUUCAUCUGACUCUGGGGAAGUAGAUAAAGGGUCUCAUUGCCAAAAUCUCAAAGUAUCCCUUUAAUAUAAGGAAUUUGAAAGUAUUUAUUGCAUUUACUUUUACUUUUGAUACUUAAUGAUAUUUUAGCAUUGAGUUUUGCUUUUAAAAAGUAUAUUUAAAGCCAGAUACUUUUAGACUUUUACUGAAGUAGUAUUUUACUGGGUUAAUUUCACUUUUAGUUGAGUCAUUUUCUAAUAAAGUAUCUUUACUUUUACUCAAGUAUGAUAAUUGGGUACUUUUCCACCAUUGCCACAUCCUGUCAGGAUGCUUCAAACACGUCAACAGCCCCAUGUUAAGAUGUGUUAACAUCAUAACAUUACGUUGAUCUGUUAGGACAUUCUUUCCUGACCUCUUUUUGACUUGAUGCCCUUGACAUUGUUUCCUUCAGAUAGGGAAGGAGCAUCUGGGGUUGAAGGCCAUAACAGAAGUGCUGCAGGACCUACAAUACAAGGUAAGAUGUUGGCGUCCAUUUUGUUGUCCAAGUGCUAUUGUUAUGGUGAUGAUGUUAUGGUUAUGAGUUGUCAUGGUGAUGAGAGGGCAGAGGUAAUGAGAAAUUACUGAUAUGACCUAAGGGGGUAGAAACCCAAUGCUUAACUGAGAGCUAGAGGAAGACAUACAGUACAUAGACAAUAAAACUAGGCAGUUAACAGAAAAUCAGCAGAGGUGCAACGAUUGGAGCAUGCAGCAAUUGAUUCAUUUAUUUAUUAUUGAUUUUUCAAUUAAUUAAUUUUUCAAUUAAUGCUCCAGAUUGAUUUGAAACCAUCUGAAACAUUUAAGAUUAGACAGGAGAAAUGUUGAUGCAGAAUGUGAAGAAGGAGCUCCAGUAGUACAGAUGAUCUGCAAUAAUACAGUCAUGACAAACAUGGUGGCUAAAUGAACAGCACAUUACAAAUGAAGCAAAUCAACAAAUAUUUUAGUGUGUUGACCUAUCUUUACAGGGGAAGACCAAGAUAAUACCGUGCUUCAAUCCCAACACACUACUUCCUGGUGAGUCCUUCAUCUAAUUGUGUAUGAUUCCUGCUUGCAUGCAUGGUGUGACACAGUAUUAGAUGAAGAUAUGGUAUGUGUUUGUUGCUCCCUCCAGAUCCUCUCCUGAGAGACUACUGGGUGUAUGAGGGCUCCCUGACCACCCCUCCAUGUAGUGAGCGCGUCACCUGGAUCCUGUACCGCUAUCCACUCACCAUCUCACAGUUACAGGUAGGCCAUCUGACACAUGGUCUGGUUCAAUGAAUCAAUCAAAUGUAUUUUAGAAAGGCCAUUUUACAUCAGCAGUUGUCACAAAGUGCUUUACUGAUACCCAUCCUAAAACCCCAAAGAUCAAGCAUUGCAGAUGCAGAUGCAGAUGCACAAUGGCUAAGAAAAACUCCCUACCCUGCUGAAACCCCCCACUAUAGAACAGCAGAAAUUUUCAAGCUGGUCCAUGAUGGUUUAUGCUGGUCAGUGCUUGUCUAAUGCUGGUCAAGCUGGUCUGACCAGCUUGGUCUAGCUGGUUAUGCCGGCCGAACAGAAUGGUCUAGCUGGUCAAGCUGGUCUGACCAGCAUGGUCUAGCUGGCAAAACCACACCCAUAAUUAUCAUUUAUUUCCCAGCAUGCUCUAUUGAAGUUCGAUAUUUUUAAUUGUUUGUUUCAAUAUCUGUGUUUUUGCAUGUACAUUGACUGAUUAAUUAAUCUUAUGCGACACAAAGAUAAAUAACAUACAUUUUUCUCAACUAUUCCAAUCUGAAUUAGUAGUUGGACUUUUUGCACCUGCUACUGAAAUGGUUGUUCCAGUUUAGAUGGUUUAGGUAGUCUCAUUUAUUAAUCUUUCUAACCUUGGCAGUCAUUCUGAAUUCAGAUUGUGGGUGAAUAAAAGUUCAUAAUGUGACUUCCAGGCCUGAUGUGGCCACUGUAUUAGGGAAAAACUAGGCCUUCAUUUAUGAUAUAUGUAACUUUUUGGGUGACCCAACCAAAUUCACAUAGAAAUGUGUGUUAUAGAGAUGUCAUUCUCAUUGAAAGCAAGUCUAAGAAGCGGUAGAUCUGUGCUAUGUGUGCGCUUGUCACGUUCGUUCAUAGACGGGUCAGACCAAGGCGCAGCGUGAUAUGCAUACAUGUUUAUUUUAAACUUAGUAAACAAUGACAAAACAAUAAACCAACGAAACGUGACGUCCAAAGGUAACACACAACAAACCUCACACGGAACAAGAUCCCACAACUUAACGAGUGCCAAUAGGCUGCCUAAGUAUGAUCCCCAAUCAGAGACAACGAGUGACAGCUGCCUCUGAUUGGGAACCACACCGGCCAACAUAGAUCUACACAUACUAGAACAUAAACAUAGAUAUACACCACAUAGAAAAUCACACCCUGACUCAACAAAUUAGAGUCCCCUGAGUCAGGGCGUGACAGUACCCCCCCCCAAAGGUGCGGACUCCGACCGCACAACCUUUACUUAACAGGGUAGGGGCCGGGUGGGCAUUCCGCCUCGGAGGCAGAUCCGGCUCCGGGCGUGACAACCACCUAUUCUCCGCCUCCCUGUUGCGCCCCUGGUCUGGUCUAAACCUAUGCGCGCUGCUUCCCCUCUCCUUCCUCCCACUAUACUCCAAGCCCUGUCUGGACCCUGGUGUGGGAGACCCCGAACCUGGAGAGGGGCUGACGUCUGGGUCUGGACUGUAAAGUGGUUAUCCCACUGGCUAUAGGGUGAACGCACCAAUUUGUGAGUCGCUCUGGCUAAGAGCGUCUGCUAAAUGACGUUAAUGUGCCCUUGAGCAAGGCACUUAACCCUAAUUGCUCCUGUAAGUCGCUCUGGUUAAGAGCGUCUGCUAAAUGACUAAAAUGUAAAUGUAAAUGACUGGAGCCGCUGACCGGAGCUGGACCGGGCACCGGUGGAGCGGACUGCUCAGGCUACGGACUGGAGCCGCUGACCGGAGCUGGACUUGGCAACGGUGGAGCGGACUGCUCUGGCUCCGGAGUAGAGCCGCUGACCGGAUCUGGACUGGACCCCGGUGGAGCGGACUGCUCUGGCUCCGGAGUGGAGCCGCUGACCGGAGCCGGAUCAGGCACCGGUGGAGCGGACAGCUCUGGCUCCGGAGUGGAGCUUCUGACCAGAGCUGUAUCAGGCACCGGCGGAGCGGACUGCUCUGGCUCCAGAGUGGAACAGCUGACCGGAGCUGGAUCAGGCACCGGUGGAGCGGACUGCUCUGGCUCCGGAGUGGAGCCGCUGACCAGAGCUGUAUCAGGCACCGGUGGAGCGGACUGCUCUGGCUCCGGAGUGGAGCAGCUGACCGGUGCCGAUCCAGGCACCGGUGGAACGGGCACGGGCCGUGCCGGACUGGACAAACGCACCACUGGUCAGGUGCGAGGAGCAGGCACGGGCCGGACCGGACUGGCGACGCGCACCACUGGUUUGGUGUGAGGAACAGGAACAGGCCGGGCCGGGCUGGCGACGCGCACCACUGGCUUGGUGCGAGGAGCAGGAACAGGCCGGGCCGGGCUGGCCAAACGCACUACUGGUCUGGUGCGAGGAGCAGGCACGGGCAGGACCGGACUGGCGACGCGCACCACUGGUUUGGUGCGAGGAGCAGGAACAGGCCGGGCCGGGCUGGCGACGCGCACCACUGGCUUGGUGCGAGGCGCAGGAACAGGCCGGGCCGGGCUGGCGACGCGCACCACUGGCUUGGUGCGAGGAGCAGGAACAGGCCGGGCCGGGCUGGCAACGCGCACCACUGGCUAGGUGCGAGGAGCAGGAACAGGCCGGGCCGGGCUGGCGACGCGCACCACUGGCUUGGUGCGAGGAGCAGGAACAGGCCGGGCCGGGCUGGCGACGCGCACCACUGGCUUGGUGCGAGGAGGAGGAACAGGCCGGGCCGGGCUGGCGACGCGCACCACUGGCUUGGUGCGAGGAGCAGGAACAGGCCGGGCCGGGCUGGCGACGCGCACCACUGGCUUGGUGCGAGGAGCAGGAACAAGCCGGGCUGGCGACGCGCACCACUGGCUUGGUGCGAGGAGCAGGAACAGGCCGAGCCGGGCUGGCGACGCGCACCACUGGCUUGGUGCGAGGAGCAGGAACAGGCUGGGCCGAGCUGGCGACGCGCACCACUGGCUUGGUGCGAGGAGCAGGAACAGGCCGGGCCGGGCUGGCGACGCGCACCACUGGCUUGGUGCGAGGAGCAGGAACAGGCCGGGCUGGCAACGCGCACCACUGGCUUGGUGCGAGGAGCAGGAACAGGCCGGGCCGGGCUGGCGACGCGCACCACUGGCUUGGUGCGAGGAGCAGGAACAGGCCGGGCCGGGCUGGCGACGCGCACCACUGGCUUGGUGCGAGGAGCAGGAACGGGUCGGGUCGUACUGGGAACACGCACCACUGGCUUAGUGCGGGGAGCAGGAACGGGCCGGACCGGACUGGCGACACGCACCACUUGCUUGGUGCGAGGAGCGGGACUGGGUUCCUUUAUUAACCCCCGCUCCUUCUGCUGCCUAACCAGCUCUUCUCGCCGUGCCUCUACACUUUCCUUCUCCCUUUUAGCCUCCUGUAGCGCCUCCCUCUGACCGAAUAACUCCUGCUCCCUCUGAAGCAAUAGCCCCCGUAACAUGGUGGCCUCCUCUCCUAACCUGCAGAUUCGCCCUUCCACGGCCUCCUGCUGCCUCGUCAUCCACCCCGUAUGCCCCCCCCAAACAUUUUCUUGGGGUUGCCUCUCGGGUCUCCGUCGUCGGCACGGUUGGCGCCGUUUCUCCUCUCCUACCUGGGCAUCAACCUUCAUCGCCUCCCGAUAACGGACGGCCUCCUCCUCAGUAAUUCUCCCCCAACCGAGGAGGACAUCUACUAAAGUUACCUCCCGUUGAAUCCCCGGCGUUUGCUCCUUCUGGGCACGCUGCUUGGUCCUUGUUUGGUGGGAUCUUCUGUCACGUUAGUUCAUAGAUGGGUCAGACCAAGGCGCAGCGUGAUAUGCAUACAUGUUUAUUUUAAACUUAAUAAACAACGACAAAACAAUAAACCAACGAAAUGUGACGGCCAAAGGUAACACACAACAAACCUCACACGGAACAAGAUCCCACAACUUAACGAGUGCCAAUAGGCUGCCUAAGUAUGAUCCCCAAUCAGAGACAAUGAGUGACAGUUGCCUCUGAUUGGGAACCACACCGGCCAACAUAGAACUACACAUACUAGAACAUAAACACAGAUAUACACAACAUAGAAAAUCACACCCUGACUCAACAAAUAAGAGUCCCCUGAGGGCGUGACAGCGCUAUUUCAAUGCUUCCCGUUCUUAAGUUUAGUUUUUGCGUCUUUUACUUUCGGUUUUGUAUACCAGCCUCAAACAGCUGAAAAUACAAUAUUUUUGGUUAUGAAAAAUAUAUUUCACAGUAGAUUAGAUGGUACUAUGAUUAUCUACACUAUACUUGCUUGUUUUGUCACAUAAACUGAAAUUAGGAAAACUAUUAGAAUUUUAGCAACCAGGAAAUGGCGGAGCGAUUUCUUCAUAGUGCAUCUUUAAGCACUUUGAUGCUUGUUUUGUUGGUGACCAGCAUAUGCUGGUACAUAUGAUGGUAUGCUGGUCAUCAGCAUAUCAGCAUCAAAGUGUCCAAAACACAAUGAAGGCUGGUCACCAGCAAAACCAGCACUAGUCACCAGCAUACGCUGGUCUAUGCUGUUUACUUUCAGCAGGAACCUAGUAAGAAACCUAGAGAGAAACCAGGCUCCGAGAGGUGGCCAGUCCUUUUCUGGCUGUACCUGGGGUGGCAAGAGUAUUUUUGGCCAUUAAGGCCAGAUCAUUUUUCAAGACCUUCAAACAUCCAUAGAUGACCAGCAGGGGCAAAUAAUAAAGAAUUGUUCCAUGUUGGUUUCUAGACCCUUGCCCCAGGUCCUACCCCUAGGUCUUAUCCAUUCACAUAGCAAUGGUGAUGGCACCUCCUAGCACUCCAAGUGGCCAUAUUGCUUUUAUACCAAAUGUUAUUCAAACCAGCUCCACUUCCAUAGAUCUUGAGGUUGCUCUAGCUACCUGCAUUGAAGUGUGUGUUCUGCUAGAAGGUAAGAUAAGGCGUUGUGAUUGAUUUGGCACUUAUAGCCCCAUAUCUAUGAACCAAUGUCCCAACCUCUGAUUCAACAGCAUUGCACAAUACAGUUUGUCCUCCCAGUCAGCACACUUUCUACAGAGGCUUUGAUGCUGAGCAAGCCUUUCAUAUGCAGUCUGUUUAGGAACACCUUUAAACUUGUGAUGUGAUGGUAGAUCAUUGUUAAAUGGAAUAUUCUAUGUAGAUUCUCUCAUCUCCCAGCUGUAGCAUUGUUUUAUAACUGUUGACUAUUGUUGGAUCAGUUAACUAAAAGCACUAUGAAAAGUACUACAUUGUUCCUUAUGGUUACCAUCUAGUGAAGCCAGAACAAAUAAAAAACCUUUUAGUGCAUUUUAUUGAGUCGUCAGUAUUGAUUGAUUAAUCUGAUAAUGAUCGUUAAUGGCUCUGUUUACGUAGACAGCUCUAUGACAUUCUACUGUUGUCAAGGCUUAGUUGGCUGUGCCUCAUAUAAAAUCCUGUAUUACUGAAUCCAUCUGUCUUGUUUGUUUUGGGUAAACACUAUCCUCCUGUAUUGGCGCAGUCUGACCGUCUAACCAGAUAACUGUUAGCUCAGGGCAAGGUGUCCAGUCCAGUACCCAAUGGAAAUGUUAACAGAGAAUGUCUGUCAUUUUACUGCUACACAUACAAGACCAGACUCACCUGGAAAGAGGUCUGUAAAAUAGACCAGGAAGAAAUUAGGCCUAACUCUUAGCCUAAGCAUACAGUAGAAUGCAAACAUGUACAGCACACUGAAAACACUAAAUAAGAUAAGAUAUACUUUAUUAGUCAACACAAGAUGGAAAUUUGUCUUGUGCUUUUAUCCAACCAGUACCCCCCCACAACAUUAGGUUUGAAAGGCUGGAGCAGACGGCAGCCGCAGUGUAGCUAGACAGAACACUUAUCGAAACUAGACGGAAUACUUCUCUUAAUUCAUCUACCACCACUCUUUCCCUUCUACAUAACUUCUCUCUCUCUCUCCCUUCCUCCAUUUCCCUCAUCUCAUCACUCUCUCUCUUACUCCCUCUCAUCCCUCUCUCUCCUCCUCCUCCUCCUCCUCCUCCUCUUCAUCAUCUCUCCCAGAUAGAGGAGUUCAGGAGGCUCAGGUCCCACCUGAAAGGUGCUGAUCUACCUGAGGGGAACGACGGGAUGUUGGGAGACAACUUCCGCCCCACUCAGCCCCUCAGCGACAGGACCGUCCGGGCUGCCUUUCAGUGACACCCCCCUUCCCCCAUCCAUCUUCCAUGGGGGAUCUUUAGCUCCAUGUUUAACAGGUAAAGGUCAACCAUGUAAAUACCAAGUACAUGGUUUUUAAAUACACUACAUGACCAAAGGUAUGUGAACACCGGCUCAUCGAAAACAUCUCAUUCCAAAAUCAUGGGCAUUAAUAUGGAGUUGCUCCCCCCUUUGCUGCUAUAACAGCCUCCACUCUUCUGGGAAGGCUUUCCACUAGAUGUUAGAACAUUGCUGCGGGGACCUGCUUACAUUCAGAAUGGCUCUUCAGUAAGGCCAUUCUACUGCCAAUGUUUGUCUAUGGAGAUUGCAUGGCUGUGUGCUUAUUUUAUACACCAAAUCCACUAAUUUGAAGGGGUGCCCACAUACUUUUGUAUAUAUAGUGUACUUUAUAUGUGUAUAGAUAUUUUCAAAAGUGUUCUUGACAUCUGUGUGACUACUAGAUACCAUCGCUCUUCACAACCACAAACCAGGUUCAAACCUGUGAGUUUGACCUCCUUCCUCUUAUACAGUGCCUUGCAAAAGUAUUCAUUCCCCUUGGCAUUUUUCCUAAUUGGUUGCAUUACAACCUGUAAUUUAAAUUGAUUUUUAUUUUGAUUUCAUAUAAUGGACAUACACAAAAUUGUCCAAAUUGGUGAAGUGAAAUAAAAAAAAGUACUUGUUUCAAAAUAUUCUAAAAAAUAAAUAAUGGAGAAGUGGUGCGUGCAUAUGUAUUCACCCCCUUUGCUAUGAAGCCCCUAAAUAAGAUCUGGUGCAACCAAUUACCUUCAGAAGUCACAUAAUUAGUUAAAUAAAGUCCACCUGUGUGCAAUCUAAGUGUCACAUGAUCUGUCACAUGAUCUCAGUAUAUAUACACCUGUUCUGAACGGCCCCAGAGUCUGCAACACCACUAAGCAAGGUGCACCACCAAGCAAGUGGCACCAUAAAGACCAUGGAGCUCUCCAAACAGGUCAGGGACAAAGUUGUGGAGUACAGAUCAGGUUUGGGUUAUAAAAAAAUAUCUGAAACUUUGAACAUCCCACGGAGCACCAUUAAAUCCAUUAUUAAAAAAUUGAAAGAAAAUGGCACCACAACAAACUUGCCAAGAGAGGGCCGCCCACCAAAACUCACGGACCAGGCAAGGAGGGCAUUAAUCAGAGAAGCAACAAAGAGACCAAAGAUAACCCUGAAGGAGCUGCAAAGCUCCACAGCGGAGAUUGGAGUGUCUGUCCAUAGGACCACUUUAAGCCGUACACUCCACAGAGCUGGGCUUUACAGAAGAGUGGCCAGAAAAAAGCCAUUGCUUAAAGAAAAAAAUAAGCAAACAUGUUUGGUGUUCGCCAAAAGGCAUGUGGGAGACUCCCCAAACAUUUGGAAGAAGGUACUCUGGUCAGAUGAGACUAAAAUAUAGCUUUUUGGCCAUCAAGGAAAACGUUAUGUCUGGCGCAAACCCAACACCUCUCAUCACCCCGAGAACACCAUCCCCACAGUGAAGCAUGGUGGUGGCAGCAUCAUGCUGUGGGGAUGUUUUUCAUUGGCAGGGACUGGGAAACUGGUCAGAAUUGAUGGAAUGAUGGAUGGUGCUAAAUAUAGGGAAAUUAUUGAGGGAAACCUGUUUCAGUCUUCCAGAGAUUUGAGACUGGGACGGAGGUUCUCCUUCCAGCAGGACAAUGACCUUAAGCAUACUGCGAAAGCAACACUUGAGUGGUUUAAGGGGAAACAUUUAAAUGUCUUGGAAUGGCCUUGUCAAAGCCCAGACCUCAAUCCAAUUGAGAAUCUGUGGUAUGACUUAAAGAUUGCUGUACACCAGCGGAUCCCAUCCAACUUGAAGGAGCUGGAGCAGUUUUGCCUUGAAGAAUGGGCAAAUAUCCCAGUGGCUAGAUGUGCCAAGCUUAUAGAGACAUACCCCAAGAGACUUGCAGCUGUAAUUGCUGCAAAAGGUGGCUCUACAAAGUAUUGACUUUAUGCACGCUCAAGUUUUCUGUUUUUUUGUCUUAUUUCUUGUUUGUUUCACAAGAAAAAAUAUUUUGCAUCUUCAAAGUGGUAGGCAUGUUGUGUAAAUCAAAUGAUAAAACCCCCCCAAAAAUCUAUUUUAAUUCCAGGUUGUAAGGCAACAAAAUAGGAAAAAUGCCAAGGGGGGUGAAUACUUUCGCAAGCCACUGUACAUAUUCAGAGUGUUACUUUAGCACAAGUUCAUUACAUUUACGUGUAUAAGACGCCACUUGUUGUUUUACCAAAUAUUGACUACAGACUGUAUGUUCCUCUAUAACAAGGGCUGAAGGAAACUAAUUUAUACCACAGCAACACAAAGAGCCAAGUAUCAAAUUAAAUCGGGGUUAUGUUGUCAUGCCCUGGAAGUCACAGUUUAAUGGAAAUAGGCCAGGCAUUUCCCAGAGGUAAAAUAAUAAUGGCACCACUCAACACUGGAUCAGUGUCAGAGCUAUAGUAAUAAUGAGCUAACCCAGUUCUUCUACUAAUCUAGGACUAGCUAUGGUGUUGUGUGUGGAGCGGAGGGAUAUCUAUUUUAGAGCUUGCGUUGGGAACACAUGGGAUAGUGGAAAAUAACUCAUUUUGAGUGGAUGGAUUUGGAUGUGCUCAACCGAGGGCACAGGGACAAAGUGUGGCUCGGCCUCUACUGCAUGUGAAAGAACAUGACUGUAUCAGAGAGCCAAGAGACACUUGUUUGGUAGUUUGACAUAUGUUUUAGUAGCUAUUAGCUUAGUAUAACAAACUGUAUGGAAAUGGUUGUAUAAUAGUUGAGUAAAAGUAAAGAUACCUUAAUAGAAAAUGACUCAAGUAAAAGUGAAAGUCAUCUAGGAAAAUACUACUUGAGUAAAAGUCUAAAAGUAUCUGGUUUUAAAUGUACUUAAGUACAGUGGUGGAAAAAGUACUCAAUUGUCAUACUUGAGUAAAAGUAAAAAGUUAAAGUAAAUGCUAUACAUCAAAUUCCUUAUAUUAAGCAAACCAGAUGGCACGAUUUUCUUGUUCUUGUUAAUUUACGGACAGACAGGGCACACUCCAAAACUCAGACAUCAUUUACAAACACAGUAUUUGUGUUUAGUGAGUCCGCCAGAUCAGAGGCUGUAGGGAUGACAACACGUUAUGUUGAUAUGUGCAUGAUUUGGGCCAUAUUGCUGUCCUGCCUGAUAAAAAAAUAUAAUAAUGUAACGAGUACUUUUGGGUGUCAGGUAAAAUGUAUGGGAGUAAAAAGUAGAUAUUUUCUUCAGGAAUGUAGUGGUGUAAAAGUAAAAGUAAUCAAAAAUAUACAUAGUAAAGUGAAGUACGGAUACUCCAAAAAAACGAUUUAAGUAGUACUUUAAAGUAUUUAUACUUAAGUACUUUACACCACUGGGAAACAGUGUAGCUACAGAGAGAAAUGUGGGAGAGAUAGUAGAGCAUUGUCUCUUUGGUAAGGGAUAUGACCUGACCAUACCUGAGAGGGGCCAGGAAAAGGGUGAAUAGUGGAGGAAGAAGGAGGGAUAGAGGAAGGGGGUUCUGAAGGGGACCUGACUGUUGACUCAAAUUGCACAAUUCAGCAAUACCUUAAACUACAUUACUAAACUAUUACUGAUUUAAUCAUAAGGGAAAAUGCAUGUAAUUACAUUGUAACACAUUUGUAAAUGCAGGUAGUUAAAUGGGUCUGCCAAUUGUCAAUUCUGUUUACCAUGGAAAUACAAAAAGGUGGUCAGUACUGCAUAAUUGCAUGCACUAACUUAGCUUGUUACAAUUACAUCAUAUAUAUUGUGUAAGUGAUUUUAUCUAUUGUUUUUGUAUAGACCAUUUAUUUCAUUUUUUGCAUAUUUAAAUCAAAACAACCAUACAGUAUAUCAAACUAUACACACACCCAAUGGGCCACAACAAAUAAAAUACAAAAAAGAAUAACCAACUAGACAAACCAACAUAUUAAACAAAAACACAAAUACACUAACAAAAUACAUAGGGAGAGUUUUUUUCUUCUGAUAAAUGAUAUUUUGUGGCCAUGAUAUUCCUUUGUGCCUUUAAGGAAAAACAAGAACCGUUCCCAUAUCUUUUUGGAGUCAUUUACGUUUGAGUCAUUUAGCAGACACUCUUACACAGAGCGACUAGGGUUAAGUGCCUUGCUCAAGGCCACAUCAACAGUUUUUUCCCCACCUAGUCGGCUUGGUUACUGGCCCAACGCUCUUAACCGCUAGGCUACCUGCCGCAAUGUUGUUUUUAUCAACAGAUUUGAAAUGUUAUUGACCCAGUAAGUACUCUGGUAUAAGGAUUUAUAAGGAUUGUGUGACAUAAAGUGCGUAAAAUGUCAUAUUUCUAGCUCUGUAACCAUCAUAGAGCAUACACAGAAAACAGGGUAAUAGUUUGUGGAUUUAAAAGUGGAAAAUCGUACAUCAUAACAUUGCACAAUGUCAAACAACUCUAACACAAAACAAGGGACUUAUAAAAGAACACUUUGCUCCUCUACCCGCCACCUCUGUCCAAACCCAGUCUUGGGGGUGACAUUAUUGCUGGAAUGUUCCAACAUCUGCUAAAUAUUCCCUUUUUUUAUUUUCAUAGUGAGAAAGAGAGAGUGAAACGAGAGAAGGAGAGAAAGGAGGGGAGAGGGAGAAAUGGCCUUUCUGAAUCGGCUGGAUGGCUGGAAGUUAUGUUACAUUGGAUCACCUGGACUGGUAGCUACAGAUUGUAACACCAGAUUUGGACCAUUAUACUGGUCGUUACAGGUGUGGCUAUACAAAACGUUGCCAGAGAUUUUUCAACUAACCUGGUAUUGGCGAUACUAUAUUUGUCCUCGAUUAGUGGAAACAGGAGUGUCAUAGAAUAUCCGUGCCCAGUUGCAGGGGAUCCGUUUGAAUUUAGAAAAUGCUCUGUUAUUAAAAUAAAUAUAUGUUUUGGUCCAUGAAGUAAUCCAACAAUGUGUACACCACCAUCUUGUCUUUUUCAAAUCUUCUCUCAUUUAUUGAGACAGGGGGGUCCACCAAAGUGCCACGUGCCAGGAUGACAAAUACAUGUCUCGAUCAAUGAGAGAAGAUUUUUAAAAAAUAACAAGAUGGCGGCGUACACAUUGUCGCCAAUACCAGGUUAGUUAAAAAAUCUCUGCCGACGUUUUGUAUAGCCACACCUGUAACUACCAGUAUAAUUGUCCACAUUUCUGGGGUUAAAUCACAUUAUCUGGUGUUACAAUUUGUAGCUACUGGACUUGGAUGGAGCUCACAAAGGCACAAUUUUACUCUGUGUGUUGAUGAAGGCAGCGCUGACAGACCAACCAGCUGGCUUCACCUGUGACCUGGAACAUAGCCAUUUGCUGUUGGCUGGGCCAAGAUGGAUCCAUGCUCUGGAAGGAGAGACAUGAUUGGCUCUGAUCCAAUAUCCAUAUUAUCACUAGUAUACUAUAGAUGGAAGCGCUGGAUUGGGCACGCAUUCUUAGUGGUGUGAUACUGGGGUUAUUGGUGGAAUGUAGUCCUUGUGAUAGGAUUUGUGUAGGCUACAUACCGGUAUGCAUACUUAGCUUGGGGCAUGUAAUUCUGUACUGUCCGCAUUCCAUAAUAUGUGUACGAGGCAUAGUCAUGCAGGUUGUAGUUUGUGUAAUAAGAUGAAAAAUGUGAAUGAACUAACACCUGUCCCUAGGGAUUUUCAAAAUAUGGAAAAUAAAUGUACAGCACAUUACUUUAAAAAAUAUGUAUGAUAAUAAUGCUGUUAAAACCGUACUGUCUCUCAGAAUAGGAAAUACACUAACAAGCAGAAAUAUAAUAUACAUGGGCUGGUCAGGUUUAAUGACCUCAGGUC